CCAUAUCAACCCCCACACCAACAAUCUUACCAACCCCGAAACAACUACAACCAACAGUCUAGUGGGCCACCUGGGUUCUCUAGACAACACACAUCACCCCCACAACCACAACCUCAAGCCACACAGCCUGACCCUAUGCUAGUAGAGAUGAGAAACAUGAUGCUACAAAUGCAAAAAUCUCUAAGUGAAAAGGAUGCAAAAAUCGAUGCUCUUACUGCUCAUAACAAGAUCAUUGAUACACAGUUGGCACAGAUGGCUACUACUAUUGCAGGGAGGCCACCAGGCCAACUUCCUUCACAGCCCGAAAAUAGGGAGUCUGCUAAUGCAAUUACAUUGAGGAGUGGUAGGGAUUAUGAUGGUCCUUCUAUGCCGGUUGAGGUUGAUUCCGGGGUGUCUGCUAGUGAUCUGGUCAGUGAGGAAAUCCCGAAGAUAGUUAUGGGUGAAAAGGAACCAGCUGAAAAGAUAGUCAAUGAGAAUGAGGCUACAACUGCGGUUAAGAAGGGAGCGGAUAUACAAGUACCACCUAUUGCACUCCCCUUCCCAAACCGACAACUCAAAAAUAAGCUAGACAAGCAGUUUGGCAGAUUCUUGGAAGUGGUCAAAAAUUUGCAGGUAACGGUUCCUUUUACUGAAUUAAUUUUACAAGUUCCUGCUUAUGCUAAAUUCAUGAAGGAUAUUUUGACCAGAAAACGUGCUUUUUGUGAGGUAGAGACUGUAGCUUUCACUGAGGAAUGUAGUGCUUAUUUGCAAAACAAGUCUCCACCUAAACUUAAGGACCCCGGGAGUUUUUCCAUCCCAUGUAACAUUGGCACCGUAUUUAUUGAUAAAGCUUUAUGUGAUCUAGGUGCUAGUGUGUCUGUCAUGCCUUUGUCUGUCUGUACUAAACUGAAUAUGGGUGAGCUUAAGGUUACCAAUAUCACUCUACAAAUGGCCGACCGUUCUGUCAAAUACCCCUUAGGUGUUUUAGAGGACGUCCCUGUUAGAGUAGGUAAAUUCUAUAUACCUGUGGACUUUGUAGUAUUAGACAUGCAGGAGGAUUCUCAAAUUCCCAUAAUCUUAGGUAGACCCUUCCUUCAUACGGCGGGGGCGGUAAUUGAUGUUAAAAGUGGGAAAUUGACAUUGUCUGUUGGGGAUGAUAAGGUGACUUUUAAUCUGAAUAGUGCCUUAAAAAGUCCCAUGCUAGAGGAGGAACAAUGCUAUCGCAUAGAUGUAGUCGAUUUUAUUACUCGUGAUAACGUCUCCCAAGUUCUCGAAAGAGACCCUUUGGAGGCAGUGCUUUGUUGUGAGUCUUCUGCAGGUGAUAGCAGUUCUUGGAGUGCUGAAGUGGAUGCUCUGGAGUUGGCUCUUAAUGGUGGAGAAUCUGAGCCGGAGGGCAUCAAAUUGAAGAGGUUAGUUCGGCCGGUUUGUUCUGUUAAAGAGGUAAAGAAACCAGAACUUAAACCUCUUCCUGCUAACCUUAAGUAUGCGUUUUUAGAUAAUGAACAACUUUGCCCUGUGAUCGUCAGUACUGCACUUGAUGCAGGCCAGUUAUCCCAACUUCUUAUUGUGUUGAAAAGGCACAAAAAGGCCAUUGGGUACAGUAUUGAUGAUUUAAAGGGUAUUAGCCCUGACUUUUGUAUGCAUAGGAUACAUCUAGAUGAAAAUCAUAAACCAUGCAUUCAACCCCAGCGUCGUUUGAACCCUGUCAUGCAAGAUGUUGUAAAAGCUGAAGUUAUGAAAUUGCUUGAUGCGGGUAUAGUGUAUGCUGUGUCUGAUUCUAAGUGGGUGAGUCCCGUUCAGGUAGUGCCUAAGAAAGGGGGGACAACUGUGGUGAGAAAUGAAAAAAAUGAGUUGAUACCAACUAAGGUAGUCACAGGUUGGCGCAUGUGCAUUGAUUAUAGGCGUCUUAAUGUUGCUACUAAAAAGGACCAUUUUCCCCUUCCCUUCAUUGAUCAAAUGUUAGAAAGGCUAGCCUGUCACAAGUUUUUCUGUUAUCUGGAUGGUUAUUCUGGUUUCUUUCAAAUUCCCAUACAUCCAGACGACCAGGAAAAGACCACCUUCACCUGCCCCUAUGGUACCUUUGCAUAUCGUAGGAUGCCUUUUGGUCUGUGUAAUGCGCCUGCUACUUUCCAACGUUGCAUGAUGAGUAUCUUUUCUGAUUUUAUUGAGUCUAUCAUGGAAGUGUUUAUGGAUGAUUUUAGCGUCUAUGGUACUUCUUUUGAUUCUUGCUUGCUAAAUCUGACUAAAGUUUUGAAAAGAUGUGAAGAGUGCAAUUUAGUCUUGAACUGGGAAAAGUGUCAUUUCAUGGUUACUGAAGGGGUGGUUUUGGGACAUUUGAUAUCUGAUAAGGGCAUUCGGGUGGAUCGAGCUAAGGUCCAAGUGAUUGAACAAUUACCCCCUCCAGUUAAUGUGAAGGGUGUUAGAAGUUUUCUUGGUCAUGCGGGGUUUUAUCGCUGCUUUAUCAAGGAUUUCUCUAAAAUUGUUAAACCACUUACCCAGCUCCUUCUCAAGGAUGCCCCGUUUGUGUUUACUGAUGCUUGUCUUGAAGCCUUUGACAGGAUUAAACAGGCACUGAUUUCGGCUCCCAUCAUUCGUUCUCCCGAAUGGGAUAUUCCGUUUGAGAUAAUGUGUGAUGCAAGUGAUUAUGCAGUUGGGGCAGUGCUGGGUCAGAGAAAGGAGAAGGUUUUACAUGCCAUCUAUUAUGCAAGUAAGACCUUAGAUGAAGCUCAAGUUAAUUAUGCAACUACUGAGAAGGAGCUUCUAGCUAUAGUCUAUGCCUUGGAUAAAUUCCGCACCUAUCUGAUUGGAUCCAAGGUAAUAGUCUAUACUGACCAUGCGGCCCUUAAGUAUCUGCUCUCUAAGAAGGAAGCCAAGCCUAGGCUUAUUCGAUGGAUACUACUGCUACAGGAGUUCGAUCUAGAGAUCCGCGAUAAGAAAGGGGCUGAGAAUGUGGUUGCAGAUCACUUGUCUAGAUUGAGGUAUGACGAUGGUAAGGGGUCUACACCGAUUGAUGAUUCAUUUCCGGAUGAUCAUUUACUUGCACUUGCCAGUCAGUCACCAUGGUUCGCAGAUUUUGCUAACUACAUUGUAGGUAGAAUUCUUCCGGCCGAUCUUUCAUAUCAACAGAAGAAGAAAUUCCUACAUGAUGUCCGGUUCUACUUUUGGGCGAUCCUUAUUUGUUUCGUGAGACUGCUGAAGGGUUAUACAAGCGUUGUAUUCCAGAAUGGGAAGUUCAAGGUGUUAUCAGUAGGUGUCAUUCUUCACCUUAUGGUGGCCACCAUGGACCGUCGAAAACAAACGCUAAGCUGUCACAAUGUGGUUUUUACUGGCCUACUAUGUUCAAAGAUGCACAGGCUUUUAUUAUGGCUUGUGAUGCGUGCCAGAGGGCCGGCACUAUUUCGAGGAGGUAUGAGAUGCCAUAGAACGGGAUCCUUGAGGUUGAGAUUUUCGAUGUGUGGGGAAUUGAUUAUAUGGGACCAUUCCCAUCGUCCAAGGGUAACUUGUAUAUCCUUGUUGCUGUAG